AUGGCCCCUGUACCGUUGGAGGGGCUCCAGACCCCUGUGGCCAAUAGCAUGGUGCAAGCGGGUGGACAGUCUGCGGGCCCGCAAGAAGGCAAUCGCGGAACCAUGAUGUCCCUGUCCGUCCUCAUCGACUUCAUAGUUCAGAGAACCUACCAUGAGCUAACAGUGUUGGCCGAAUUAUUGCCAAGGAAAAUGGAUAUGGAAAGGAAGAUUGAGAUAUACAACUUUGCUAUUCGCACAAGACAAUUGACGGUCAGAUUGUUAGCACUGGUCAAGUGGGCAAACAGUGCUUCCAAAGUGGAGAAAUCAGCGAGGAUCAUGGCUUUCCUGGAUAAACAAUCCUUGCUGUUUGUGGAUACUGCGGAUAUGUUGGCCAGAAUGGCCAGGGAGACUCUGGUGCAAGCCAGAUUACCCAACUUCCAUAUUCCCGCUGCUGUCGAAGUAUUGACUACCGGCACCUACGGAAGACUUCCCGCCUGCAUCAGGGAGAAAAUCGUUCCUCCAGAUCCAAUCACGAAUUCAGAAAAGAGAAACACCUUACUGAAACUGAACCAGGUGAUCCAGCACCGAUUGGUCACUGGGAAUUUACUGCCGCAGAUGAAAAACCUUAAGAUUGAGAAUGGCAGAGUAACUUUUCAUGUGGAACAUGAAUUUGAUGUGUCCUUAACGGUUAUGGGUGAUGGACCAAAUAUACCAUGGAGAUUAUUGGAAAUUGAUGUGCUUGUCGAGGACAAAGAAACCGGAGAUGGUAAAGCUUUGGUGCAUCCUCUGCAAGUUCAAUAUAUCCAUCAGCUGAUGCAGACAAGACUUGUGGAUAAUCCAGCUCCACUCACAGAAGUUUACAACUGCUUGCAUUACUUUUGCCAGUCUUUGCAAUUGGAGGUGCUGUAUUCACAAACGUUGAGGUUGAUGAGGGACAGAUUGGAUGAUCACAUCCAUGUGGAUGAAUAUGUUUCUGGAAAAUCGUUGACCAUUUCUUAUUGGAGGGAAUUGACAACGAAGGGAAAAGAUCCGACCAGUAAGGACCCAAGAUCUGAGCUCGGAUACAGAUUGACCGUGCAGGUGGAUCCGCACGAUCCGGCCAGACCACUCGCCGUCAUGCACGUGCCCUCUCUUGGCAACAAAGAGAGCGAGAUCGCGGACAGGGCAAUACGAUCGGAGCUGCUCUCCAUGGAGAGACUGCUCGUGCACACGAUUUACGUCCGCACCAAGAGCAGACUGACCGACAUCAAGGCGGAACUGCAGAACAUGAUGAAGGAUGUGGAGAGCAACCUGCAGGGUUCGCCCGCGAUACUCUCGGUUGCGAUACUUCAGCCGUGCCUUAGGGCUGAGCAACUGCUGAUCACGGUCGACACGCACACUGGGAUGCUGCAAUGUCACGUACCUCAGUACGAUGCACCGCUCAUUCCUGAUCUGUGCAACGCACUAAACGGGGAUCACUCGAAGUUGCCCGGUCUCAUCAGCGAGCUGCGGUUCUGGAUCACGCAGAGACGGUGCGAGAAAACUUUGCAGCAUCUCCCCGCCACCGCUCAGGAGAGGUUACCGUUACUGCACCAUCCCGAUCAUCCGCUCACAAAGCUCAGCAAGCACAGGAUGUACGUGCAGUUACAUAGGCAUCCUAAUGUGGCUCUGAUCAUCGAGUUCAAGGAGAAGGAGAACAGCCCGUGCGAAAUCGACUGUUCCUUUUAUCUGCUGAUAGUGAAGCAUUCGAGCAUCGAGGACAACCCUGACGAUGAGUCUAUAGAGACGGAAAUCCCGAAGGUGUACCUGAAGGUGCACAGCCUCAUCGAGUUCGAUACGUUCGUGGUGACACACGGUCCAUUCACGAACGUCGACGGAUCAACGGACGGAGAUCACGUGGAGCCAGGAACGCUGAAAAGGAAGGCGGGCAUCGGGAUGAAGCAGGAGUCUGCGACGAGGAGAUCGAAGCAGCCUGCCUACUUCGUCGCCGAGCUGGCUCACGUGGUGGCAAUGUGCGAUGAGAGAUUGCCAUUCGUUGCGUUGGCCGGUGAACUCACGAAGAGGAACAUCUUUCAUCAGGGUCUGCAGGUGGAGGCGAACGCCACGGGUUUGGUGCUGAAGCUGAUACAGUUGCCGCCACCAACGCCUGAGAUCGGACAGUCAGCGGCGUGGCACUCGCUGCUGAAGAGAUUGCUCUCCGUCUCGAUAAGGGUGCAAACGAAGGUUAAUCUGAAGAGUUGGGUCACCGAGUUCGUCUUCUAUUCGACGCCACUGCCGAGCACGCAUCCGAAGGAGCAGGGCUCCAGGAGACCCGUCUACUUCCCAUACGACAUGGGCACCGCCGAUAACGUGUCGAGGACGGUCAACCAGCUGCUGAGCGAUUGGGCGCAGAUCGUUCAUCUCUAUACCAUAGUGCACGAGCUCAGCGAGUAUCUCGCGAUAGAAAAGUAUAAUCUGGCAAACAUGUUCAGCAUCAAGUCGUACAGCUACGGAAAGCUGGUGCUGUGCUACGGGCCGGACAAAGGGGCGAUGGUUUGCAUCACCUGGAGCAGCAGCCAGAAGCUGUUCCGACUCUCGUUCGGUGCGACGAACAACGCUCUGAAUGCGCACUCCAUCAUCAAGGAACAACUCGAAUCGCACCUGAACGUGACCAGGAAUUUGGCUCAAUUGGUGCAGAUUCUGCAUGAGACCUACGAGCCGCUCAUCUCUAUCAGCAAGUUGCCCACCAUUCCGCAGAUGGGUGUUUCGCACACGAGACCUCAGGUACCGGUCAAAACAUUUACUCUGAUGGCGCAGUCCUGCACAUUAAUUAGAAUCGCCUAUCAAGAGAUGUACUGUCUGGAGCUGAGAAUCAGGGGAGCCGGUCUGGUGUCUUUGAGGGACGGAGCGUACAGCCGCUUCGAUCGCAGCAACGUCGUGGAUGUCUUCUCGCCGACGCAAGGAUUGAAGGCGUUCCUUUCGAAAUACGUAGACGAGACUGCCGUGUUCAGAAGGCGAUCACAAUCCGAGGAUGAUAACCCUCCGUCGCCGAUCUCUAUGGAAAUCGAGGGUGGAGGAGGAGGAGGAGGUUUUCUAGGUCAUCAUCGUGGUCCACAAUCUCCGGCGCAGCAGAGGGAGCCGGGUCUUCGAUUCAACCAUCCGUUGACACCGCCACCUAGCUCUAAUCCGCAUACUCCGGCCAGCCCUCACACCUCGAUGAACCAGCCGUCGGCGACGCACACCAGUUUCGGUUCGAGUCCGGCAACAUCAUUCAGUCCCACAUCGAUUCCAGCUAACGUCAAUCCCAGUCCGCACAUGCCUCAUCCCAGUCCCGGUUCUGGCCUCGUCGCCAAUUCACCUCUGAAUCCGCACGUGCCCAGUCCCGGUGGACUACUCUCGAAUCCAUCUCCUGGUCCGGUCACGAAUCUACCAGGUCAUUCGCCCGUCAGCAGCUUCAUGCAGACCGGCCACACGGACGGCAGCCCGUUCCCAUCCUCGCAGAGCAUGGCAUCGCCGGCCGCAUCCAACUGGCCCGGAUCACCGAGUGUACCGAGACCGUCACCAGCGCGUCCCGGCCAAUCACCGGGCGGACCACCGAUCAUGCAUAGCCCGCAGGCAGAUCAUAAACCUGGAGUAGGAGGAAGUGGAUCGGGAGGCGGUGGCGUAGGAGGCAGCCACAUGCCGCGGGUACUUCCUCAGCGUUCGUGGGCCGGUGCCGUACCCACCCUUCUCACCCACGAGGCACUCGAGAGUCUCUGCUGUCCAUCGCCUCAUCCUCAGGGCUAUCCGGGACCAGAGAUUGCACCUCUCGAGCGUUUCCUGGGUUGCGUCUACAUGCGCCGCCAGCUGCAACGAUUUGUCCACUCGGAGAAAUACCUCACCGCCCUGUCGACGACGGAACCCGGCGUCAUCCAUUUCAAGGUAUCCGAACAUCUUCACUGCAGGAUAGUUCUGAAUCCUCAACAUCUGCAAUCGCUCCACCUGAAGAUAACGCCGCUACCCGAGCACAAGGACGUGUGGAGCUCGGAUGAGCUGCAAGUCAUGGAGAAAUUCUUCGACACGAAAGCGGCGGCUCCACCCUACAAGCCGAACUCCAUGUUCGGUUUUUGCUCGAUCCUGAAUGUGUCUGUGGACGUGCUCAAGAACUUCAUACAAAUCAUGAGGCUCGAACUGAUACCAGGAUUGGCGCAGCAGCAGGGCAUGAAAUGGUCCGUCCAGUGGAUGCUGCGCAUCCCUCCGUCUGCCAUCCCCAUAGUUCCCAUCGGAAUGGCAGGAAUUCUCGCCUACAAGACAAAAAUACUAUUCUUCCUGCAAAUAACGCGCAUGGGGAUGCAAUACGGCAGCGUUGGUGGUGGUGGCGGUGCGGGCGGAAUGGAACCUCCGUGUCUGGUCCUUCCACUCGUCUACGACAUCAGCACCAACAUCACGCAGCUUGCCGAGAAAAGGGAUUCAGGAUCUGGUGGUGCAAUCACCGCGGCAAACUCGCUGCUCAAGCAUUUUGCGCAAUUCCAAUCCAAUCACACCGAGUGCAGUCUGUAUCCAGCAGUGCGCGAACUGCUUCUCAAUCUGACGCUUCCCUCGGAACCACAAUCUGCGCCAAACUCUGCAACGAUGCCGCAGAUACAGUCGCCCGCCAUGCAGAUGGGAGGACAAGGACAGCCCGGAUAUCCGGUCAACAUGCCGAUGGGCAUGAUGGGUGGACCGCAAUAGGCGCCGGCGAAGACUAUCGACCGACCGACGACACACAAAUACGACCGUAUAGUUUUUAUUUUGUACAUACUCUACCUAUUGUUAGCGAUUAGUUAUUA